UAGUACCUCAAGGCAGACUCUUAUGUGGAUUCCAGAUUCUUUUUUUUCAAGUUUGCUGAGUGGAAGAAUUUCAACACUUCGAGAUGAAACUGGUGCUAUAUUUAUUGAUAGAGAUCCAGCUGCAUUUGCACCCAUUUUAAAUUUUCUUCGGACAAAAGAACUAGACUUAAGGGGAGUGAGUAUUAAUGUACUCAGACAUGAAGCAGAAUUUUAUGGAAUCACCCCUUUAGUAAGAAGGCUGCUUCUGUGUGAAGAGCUGGAGCGGUCCUCUUGUGGCAGUGUCCUUUUUCAUGGUUACUUGCCCCCACCAGGUAUUCCUAGUCGUAAAAUAAACAAUGCAGCCAGAUCCUCUGCUGAUUCUAGGAAUGGACUAAAUUCUGCAGAAGGAGAAGCCCGUGGAAAUGGUACACAGCCUGUUCUCUCUGGAACUGGAGAAGAAACUGUUAGGCUGGGAUUUCCUGUGGAUCCACGAAAGGUGCUGAUAGUGGCUGGCCAUCACAACUGGAUUGUAGCGGCAUAUGCGCACUUUGCUGUGUGCUACAGAAUCAAAGAAUCUUCAGGAUGGCAACAAGUAUUCACAAGCCCAUAUUUGGAUUGGACUAUUGAACGAGUGGCUUUGAAUGCAAAAGUGGUUGGAGGUCCUCAUGGAGACAAAGACAAGAUGGUUGCCGUUGCCUCAGAGAGUAGCAUUAUCCUGUGGAGUGUGCAAGAUGGUGGAAGUGGAAGUGAAAUUGGAGUGUUCAGCCUUGGUGUUCCCGUGGAUGCCCUCUUCUUUAUUGGCAACCAGUUGGUGGCCACGAGUCACACUGGGAAAGUGGGGGUGUGGAAUGCUGUCACUCAGCACUGGCAGGUUCAGGAUGUUGUUCCUAUAACUAGUUAUGACACUGCUGGGUCAUUCCUUCUGUUGGGAUGUAACAAUGGAUCAAUAUAUUACAUAGAUAUGCAGAAGUUCCCUUUGCGAAUGAAGGAUAAUGAUCUUCUUGUUACUGAACUUUACCAUGAUCCUUCCAAUGAUGCGAUAACUGCUCUGAGUGUUUACCUCACACCCAAAACAAGUGUCAGUGGUAACUGGAUCGAGAUUGCCUAUGGUACAAGCUCUGGAGCAGUACGUGUGAUUGUACAGCACCCAGAGACAGUUGGGUCAGGUCCUCAGCUUUUUCAGACUUUCACAGUUCACCGAAGCCCUGUUACGAAGAUCAUGCUGUCAGAGAAGCAUCUUGUGUCGGUCUGUGCAGAUAAUAAUCAUGUACGAACAUGGACAGUGACACGAUUCAGAGGCAUGAUCUCUACUCAGCCAGGUUCCACUCCUUUAGCCUCAUUCAAGAUACUGUCUUUGGAGGAGACCGAAAGCCAUGGCAGCUAUUCCUCUGGAAAUGACAUAGGGCCAUUUGGAGAACGAGAUGACCAACAGGUGUUUAUCCAGAAGGUUGUUCCCAUCACGAACAAACUAUUUGUAAGACUCUCAUCUACUGGGAAAAGAAUAUGUGAGAUUCAAGCUGUUGACUGUACUACAAUAUCCUCAUUUACAGUGAGAGAAUGUGAGGGAUCGAGUAGGAUGGGCUCGAGGCCAAGGCGCUACUUGUUUACAGGCCAUACAAAUGGCAGCAUUCAAAUGUGGGACCUGACCACUGCUAUGGAUAUGGUGAACAAAAGCGAAGAUAGGGAUGUAGGAGGUCCAACUGAAGAAGAGCUACUUAAAUUACUAGACCAGUGUGACCUGAGCACAUCUCGUUGUGCUACUCCUAACAUUAGCCCAGCAACUUCUGUGGUUCAGCAUAGCCGUCUACGAGAAUCAAAUUCUAGCCUCCAGCUCCAGCACCAUGAAACAAUUCACGAAGCAGCUACUUAUGGCUCUGUGAGGCCUUAUAGAGAGAGUCCUUUGUUAGCCAGGGCAAGAAGGACUGAGAGCUUUCACAGUUACAGGGACUUCCAGACAAUUAAUUUGAACAGAAAUGUGGAAAGAGCUGUCCCUGAAAAUGGUAACUUGGGUCCAGUACAAGCUGAAAUGAAAGGGGCAACAGGAGAAUGUAAUGUAUCUGAGAGAAAGUCUCCUGGAACAGAAAUAAAAAGUCUGAAAGAAUUAGAAAGUGGACCUGAAGUGCAUAAAACAAUAGAAGGUUUUUCAGAAUCCAAGAAAAGAGCGUCGGAAGAUGAAAAUGAAAACAAAGUGGAAUUCAGGAAGAGAGGCGGAUUUGAAGGGGGAGGAUUCCUCGGAAGAAAGAAAGUUCCUCAUCUGGCAUCCUCACCCAGCACUUCGGAUGGUGGAACUGACUCUCCUGGUACCGCAUCCCCAUCCCCUACAAAGACCACUCCAUCUCCUCGGCAUAAAAAAAGUGAUUCUUCCGGACAAGAGUACAGCUUGUGAAAACUUACCAAAAUGAAUGAUAAUUUUAUUACAUCCAGAAGAAAAUUGAAACCUUUCUGGAUUUUUUUACACUAAAAUUUUACAAACUAAAAUUGGACUUCAUUUAGUAUCUUUUUAGCAGAAUUCCCUGAAAUAAAGAGAUACAACCAUCAUAACCUCUUUCCAUUUUGUAAUUUUAAGUUUCACAAGCAUGUCUAAGAGAACAUUUGUAAAGCAGGAGUCCACUUUAAUGUUUAGCUCCUCACUGUUGAUUUGUUGUCUUUACUCCUAAUCUUAUGCCUGAGAACUGACUGUAUUCUUUCAUCUUCAUAUGCCUGAGCCAUGUCUUGGAAUGCUUUCUUAAGUGAAUCAUGUGAUUCUUCUUGGAGCUUAGGCUUCCAACCCUUAUUGUGAUUGCAAAGUAUUUACCAGGAAUUUGAUGAGGUGCUAUGUUUGUGAAAAAAUAUAUCAUGUAGUUCAAAACACUAAUGAUAUGGAAUAACACAUUCCAAUGUGUGUAGGAUCAUUUCAUUUUAAUUGUGGGUCAUUUUCUAAAUCUCAUUGUUGGGCGUUCUUAAAUCUUAGCAUGUAUAACCAAUAUUCUAGGCUAAAAGUCUAUGUAAACAUUCUUCUAAGUUGGAGCAAUUGUGUUUGAAAAGGUGAAGUAAAAAUAAUAAUCAAGGCAAAACUUUGAGUCCCCAGAAGGGAAAAUUCUCAGUUACUAAUUUCCCUUGCGUUAGGAGCCACCAUCUAUUUUUUUUUCAAUAUUAAUGAUCAAAAUACAUAACUGGCAGUUUUGUUAUACUUAGGCACUAUAGUUCUAAAUUUUUUAUUAAAAGUUUUAACUUGUAAAAAAGAUUAUUUUAAAUUCUCAGAGGAAAAGAAAUAAUUUUCUUAUAUCCUUCAUUUAGAUUGUUUUUCAAGUUCUGAAAAUAAAGUGAAUGUAAGUUUAAACCACAUUAAGCAUUUAUUGAUGAAUAGCAUUUGUUGAUGAAUAAUGUAUAUAUUCCAUUCUAAGAAGUAUAAGUGAGUAAAACUGAAAUUCUUUAAAGUUUACUAUAUUGUCAGUGUCUUAAAAUUCUCUUGUAUUUAUUUAUCAAUUAAACCAAAUAAAAAUGAUUAAGCAAUGAG